GUUUGUUUUGGGGUGCUGGUCUGGUGGGCGCUGGUCUGCAACAUCAUUGACGUGUCGGCAGCGGAUUCCCAGGGCAUGGAGCAGCAUGAGUACAUGGACAGAGCCAGGCAGUACAGCACACGCCUGGCCAUGCUCAGCAACAACCUGACGCACUGGAAGAAGCUCCCACUGCUGCCAUCUCUGACUAACCAACCACACCAAGUGCUCGCCAGCGACCCUGUUCCCUUUGCAGACCUGCAGCAGGUGAGCAGGGCUGGGCUGAGCCCUGAGCCCUUGCCAUGCUCCCCAGAGACAUAUCCUCAUCCUGGAGGAGCAGUAAUGCCCAGAGCCCUGACAUGACUUUUUAGAGC